AUGCCCACUCCCAGCGCCGCCGCGCCGCAGGCCAAGGGCUUCCGGAGGGCCGUCUCUGAGCUGGACGCCAAGCAGGCCGAGGCCAUCAUGUCCCCGCGGUUCAUCGGGCGGCGGCAGAGCCUCAUCGAGGACGCGCGCAAGGAGCGCGAGAAGGCGGAGGCGGCGGCGGCCGCGGCGGCAGCGGAGCCGGGGGAGCCCCUGGAGGCGGCGGCGGUGGUCGAGAGGGACGGGAAGGCUGUGCUGAACCUACUCUUCACCCUGAGGACCGCCAAGCCCUCCUCGCUGUCCCGCGCGGUGAAGGCCUUUGAGACAUUCGAAGCCCAAAUUCACCACCUGGAGACCCGGCCCGCCCAGAGGCCGCAGGCAGGGGGACCCCACCUGGAGUACUUUGUGCGCUGUGAGGUGCCCAGCCCCGACCUGCCCGCCCUGCUCAGCUCCGUGCGCCGGGUGGCAGAGGACGUGCGUGGCGCUGGAGAGAACAAGGUCCUCUGGUUCCCAAGGAAAGUUUCCGAGCUAGACAAGUGUCACCACCUGGUCACCAAGUUUGAUCCUGACCUGGACUUGGAUCAUCCGGGCUUCUCAGACCAGGCGUACCGCCAGCGCAGGAAGCUGAUUGCCGACAUAGCCUUCCAGUACAAGCAUGGUGACCCUAUUCCCCGCGUGGAGUACACGGCCGAGGAGAUUGCCACCUGGAAGGAGGUCUACACCACCCUCAAGGGCCUCUACGCCACGCACGCCUGCCGCGAGCACCUGGAGGCCUUCGAGCUGCUGGAACGCUUCAGCGGCUACCGGGAGGACAACAUCCCCCAGCUGGAGGACGUCUCCCGAUUCCUGAAGGAGCGCUCUGGCUUCCAGCUGCGGCCCGUGGCCGGCCUGCUGUCUGCCCGGGACUUCCUGGCCAGCCUGGCCUUCCGUGUGUUCCAGUGCACCCAGUACAUCCGCCAUGCCUCGUCGCCCAUGCACUCCCCAGAGCCGGACUGCUGCCACGAGCUGCUGGGACAUGUGCCCAUGCUGGCCGACCGGACCUUUGCCCAAUUCUCCCAGGACAUCGGCCUCGCAUCCCUGGGGGCAUCGGACGAGGAAAUUGAGAAGCUGUCCACGCUGUACUGGUUCACGGUGGAGUUUGGGCUGUGCAAACAGAACGGCGAGGUGAAGGCCUACGGUGCGGGGCUGCUGUCCUCCUAUGGGGAGCUCCUGCACUCCCUGUCAGAGGAGCCCGAGAUCCGGGCCUUUGACCCCGACGCUGCGGCCGUGCAGCCCUACCAGGACCAGACCUACCAGUCCGUCUACUUCGUGUCGGAGAGUUUCAGCGACGCCAAAGACAAGCUCAGGAGCUACGCCUCCCGCAUCCAACGCCCCUUUGCCGUGAAGUUUGACCCGUACACGCUGGCCAUCGACGUGCUGGACAGUCCCCACGCCAUCCGGCGCUCCCUGGAGGGUGUCCAGGACGAGCUGCAUGCCCUCGCCAAUGCGCUGAGCACCAUCGGCUAGGCGCGGCGGGCAGCCCUUCCCCAGCCUCCCCGGCCCCUGCCGGUGUGUGCGGGGCUGGGUCACAGGGCACCCCAAGAGCCCGCCAGAGGACCUCCCUACCAGAGGGCACCCUGCUGACCCCACCCCGUCGCUUCUCAGCUCCGCCUGCAGGU